GAAAGCCUCUUGUAAAGGAUCCUGAGGCACUUCAUGAACGUGGAGGAUCUGGGCUCACUUUAUAGAAUCACAAGAUGGUAGGGUUGGAAGGGACCUCACAGCCCACUCCGUUCCCCCCUGCUGUGGGCUGGGUGCCCCCCACCGGGUCAGGCUCCCAGGGCCCCAUCCAGCCUGGCCCUGAGCACCUCCAGGGAUGGGGCAGCCACGCUUCACUGGGUGCGUCUCACCAGAGCCGAGUACAAGCGAUGGUCAUAUCAAGACACACGAUGCCAAGUGCGCUGCAGUGCAGCAGAGGUGAUGACGGCGCGGCCCCAUCUCCAGGCUCUGCCCUGCCCUUGGCUCGCCCCGGCUCUCACCCAGGUGCCACUCCUCAGCCGGGGUUCCCCCCGCCCAGCUCCCACUCCCUCCCCGCCCUCCCUCCCACGGAGCUCUGUGCUCGCAGCCGUGCAGCCCCAGCCAUGGCAGCGGGUGGGUGCCGCUGGCGCAGCUGCCUGGAGGUGGUCGCAUCCCGGCAGGGGCAGCGGGUGCAGCACUUCCAGCAGGCCGAGGACAUCCUGCUGACCUUGCUGGAGCACAUCCAUGCUGAAGAGCCCCGCUUCCUGGUGGACUACUCCAGGAACCUGGAAGCCUUUGAGUUUGUGCUCUGUGCCUCUGAGGAUGCCGUGGUGGUGGAGGUGCCAUUGCGCAUUGAUGGUGAUGCCCUGCGGGUGCGGCUGUGCCAAGCCAUGGACAGCGGGAGCACAGGACACGGGCAGCUGGGUGCCUGCAGCCUCGAGGUGCCCUCUGCGGUGACUGGAGUGGAGGACUGGAGCAGCACGGGCACCACGGAUAGCAUGGAGCAGGUACGGUGCCUGGCACCGGGCAAAGUCCUGCAGCACCUGAAAGAGCUCCUUGUGUCAGCCAUCGUGCAGUGCCAGCGCCGCUCCCUCCUGCAGCCAGGUGACCUCAGUGCUGAAAACCUGAAGGAAGGUGCCACGGAGCUGCCCCUGCUGGUGCGUGGAGGCUGGAGGACCAUCCGCUUUGAUGUGGUCCCGGUGGUCAGGAGGCGGCAGGAGACCCCAGGGCUGGAUGGGAGGCAGCGCGACCGAGGCUUCCCCGAGGGCACCCUCCAGAAGGCCACUGCAGAUGCUCACUUUGUCCCAGCCUCCAACCACUGCUGGAGGCCCUCUACCCACCUCCCCAUCCUGAAGCUGCUCUGGGCCGUGGACACGCUGCAGGGACCCCGGCUGGACAGCCUGCGUCUGCUGGAGCAGCUCCGCAGCCAGGACUGGAGGGAAGAGGAUGGGAGGGACGGCCUCACCUUCAACCACCUGAAGAUGGUGCUGCUGUGGAGCACGGAGCUGUUCCCCUCUCCUGAGGACUGGCAGGACCUGGAGGGCUCCGUCUACAGGCUGCUGGUUGUCCUCCUGCGCUGCCUGGCCACCCAGUGCCUGCCCCACUUCCUGCAUCCGGAGCAGAACCUCUUCCAGGGGGAUCCACAGCACCUGGCCUCGCUUUACCCCAAGGUGGAGGCUUUUGCACGGGACCCUGCACGCUUCCUACGCUUCCAUUUCGGCCUCCCGACGCGUGCUGAUGGUGUGCAGGCAGACCCAGCCCUCCGAGCCCUCCUGCAGCUCCCUGCUAAGGACGGCGCACACUGGGACACGGCCUAUUUUGACGUCCUGCUCAGCCAGCUGCAGGUGUACCACAUCCAGGAUGCCACGCGUCGCUCAGCCAUGUCCUGGCUCCUCAACAAGCUCCGCAGAGACAUCCCACUGCAGAGCUGAGUGGGACUCACUGCCACCCCUGUUCUCGCUAUGGCACAAGGGGAACCCAGGCUUUAUUGGGAAGGAAAGAAAACUUUCUGCUCCAAAGAUCAGCAGGAACUGGCCCAGCUCUGCCUCUCUCCCUGUGCUGGGACUUUGCAGCACUUCCCACAGCUGCACCUUUCCUCUUGGAUCUCAGAGAGUCCAGGCAAGCUGUAGGGCUGGGGAGCAGCACGGAGCUGUGUGGCUUUAUUCAGGAGAGGUGGCACUGGGGAGCAGCACACGUCUGCAGCAGAUGGGUGGUGGUGAUGGUAACAGAAGGGAUUGGAGGGGAGGGGGCCUGCAAGCUGGAUCCUGCCCCCAGCCCCCCAAGCCCGUGGGGCUGCCGAGCCCCAA